CUAGAUACUUCAUCUGAAAUUCAAGUAUUUUCUGAUUGGACUUUAAGUACAAUUACAUUAUCUUUGAAUGAUGUUACUUUGAAAUUACGAAGACCAAAGCGUGAAACAUGUCCAUGGACAAUUGUUCAUUCAGAUUUGCCUGAUGUAUCUGAACUUGGAUCCUUUGAUAAGAAUAUACCAAAUUUGGCUGCAGCAAGAAAUAAACUUAAGAGUCAAGUACAGAUACUUGAAAGAGCAUGGUGGAAUUUAAAGGAAAUCGAUGAGAAUUGUUAUGUGCUAGAUCCACUGGUACCAAAACCAUGUCAUCUCUUCAGGCAAAUUUACUUAACAUCGUCUCUGUCAAUGUUCAUUAGAAUAAAUGCCUUAUAUCCAAUGGAUGUGCCAGAAAUCAAAUUCCUGGGCAGUGACAUAGAGGUGGAAUUGAAAAAGGAUGUGGUUUCCAGGAAUUUACAUAAUUGGGAUCCAGGAUGUGAUUUUAUAGAUAAUAUGUCGAUGUUACUGAAUAUAGACACGUUCCCUAAAAAAGAGGAAGUGAAGAAAGAAACAUCUAUGGAAGAACACAGAGGUGCUAUUUCAGAUGAAGAAUGUUGCAUUUGUUUUUCUCUUGAAUCAGAUGAUGAGACUUUACCUGAUAAAAUUUGUAACAAUAAUAAAUGUAGAAGACAUUUCCAUACCUCUUGCCUGUUGCAGUGGUUACAAACAAUUGCUGGAAACCAUGUUGUAUUUGAUCAUAUAUAUGGUUCAUGCCCCAAUUGCCGAGAAAAUAUAUCAUGCUACAUUAAAUAAUACGAUUUAGAAAUCUUCUAUUGAAAUAUGUAUGCAUGACAAUAAUUCAUGGAUUUUACCCAUUGUUCAACAGAACUAUUGAACUCACGAGUGCCACAUAUUAAGAUCAAUGUACUAUCAGGUACCGUAUCUUGAAGUACUUCGAGAACUGACUUUUGGUCUAAUCUUCCAGAUUUUAUAUUUAUACCAUGAAGACUAUAAUCAUCUUGAAUAUUAGGAACAAUGAAAUAUUUCCAAUUAAAGAUUUGAUAUAUAGAAUAUUUUAUGUUGAUUAUAGUAG